UUUCUUGAGUCUUUGUAGUUUUAUAGCUAUUCAAAAGCAUGAAUUCACAUCACUUUGAAUCCUUCAGUGUUCGUUUCACUGGAAAAAAUUAUUCUUCUUGGGAGUUUCAAUUUCAGUUGUUUGUCACCGGCAAAGAACUAUGGGGCCAUAUAGAUGGAAGCGAUCCUGCUCCUACUGAUGCAACAAAGCUAGGUGAAUGGAAGAUUAAAGAUGCUCGGGUGAUGACAUGGAUUCUAGGGUCAAUUGACCCUCUUAUUGUUCUUAAUCUCAGGCCGUACAAGACAGCUAAGGCCAUGUGGGAUUACUUACAAAAGGUUUACAACCAAGAUAAUAGUGCAAGACGCUUUCAGUUGGAGUAUGAAAUUGCUAAUUACUCUCAAGGAGGUCUUUCUGUUCAGGAUUAUUUUUCUGGAUUUCAAAACUUAUGGGCUGAAUUUACAGAUAUUGUCUAUGCCAAAAUACCUACUGAAUCCCUAUCAGUGAUUCAGGCAGUUCAUGAGCAAAGCAAGCGAGACCAAUUUUUGAUGAAAUUACGCUCCGACUUUGAGAGUGUUCGCUCUAACUUGAUGAAUCGUGACCCGUCUCCCUCUUUGGAUGUUUGCUUUAGGGAAUUACUUCGUGAAGAGCAACGUCUUGUCACACAAAAUGCUUUUAAGAAAGAAAAUGAUGUCACUGUUGCAUUUGCUGCUCAAGGUAAAGGAAAGGGCAGGGAUAUGAGUAGAACUCAAUGCUACAGUUGCAAGGAAUAUGGUCAUAUUGCUAGCAAUUGUAGCAAGAAGUUCUGUAAUUAUUGUAAACAACAAGGACACAUUAUCAAAGAGUGUCCCACGCGCCCUCAAAAUCGUAGGAUCAAUGCUUUUCAAGCUAGGAUAAAUGGUUCCACUGAUGAUAACUCAUCUUCAGGACAAGUUCUUACUCCUGAAAUGGUACAACAAAUGAUCGUGUCAGCCUUUUCAGCAUUGGGAUUACAAGGAUCAGGUGUCGGGGACGAUAAUCGCGAAGGGGCCUAAAGUUGGACGAUUGUUUCCUAUACACUUUUCCAUUCCUCCUGUUCUAUCUUUUGCUUGUACUUCUACUGCUAGUAAAACUGAGGUUUGGCAUAAGCGUCUAGGACAU